UGAACUUUGACAUCAGUAUAAGAUCGAGGUGUGUGUGAGCUGAAAGUCCAGUCUUAGUGUGCCGUGCUGACUCCACUUUGUCUACUCAGGAUGGCUCUCUUUUUCCUCUUGAUGUGUGUGCUCUUAUCUGCCACCAGCUCAGCUAACAAAGGUGUGCAGACCGGUAUUCGAGUAGCAGCAGGAUCACAGUCGGUGACUCUUCAGCCCUGGCUGGUCGGUCUGACAGCUGUCGUUGGCUUCCUCUUCAUCGUCUUCACCAUCUUGAUUAUUCACAGACUUCUGAGGAAGAACAGAGAGGAUGAAGAACGACGGAGUUAUGAGAACAUGGCUGUAAAGAUUGAUGAUGAUGAUGAUGAUGAUAUUAAGCAAACCAGCCUGUAGUAACACAACGGAGCGUCACCUGUCAUCUAUGAGAAUCAGAAAUGAUGUGUUGGGUUUUUAUUGUUCUACAUAUGAAGUCUUUUAAUUCAAGAAAUUAACAAGAAAAAAUCUAAUGUUUGUUUGCUUUUCUUUUUAAAAUACAGAAAUACAACUCAACAAAAAAAUAUAUAUAUUUUGUUUCACUUGCAAUUAAAUGCAGAUAAUUGUUCCUAAAACAACCUACCACUGUUUCUUUUGUUAUCUAAGCAGGGAUCCCAGAGGUUCCAGAUGUUUCCGGCUCAGUUUUGUGUACAAAAUUUUGGAGUAUUUCACUCAGUGUAAACACAAGAAAUUUAGGUCUUAUAAUUUACAGUUUUUUCCAAUUGCUAAAACACAAUUUUGCAAACUAGGCUGGUUUUAUCAAAAAUACUUAACACAAUUCACAAAACCACACACCCAAACUGCAAAAUACCUCAUAUAUCCUGCAAAAUGAAGCACUGCAACCAAAACUACAUAUAGCAUUAUCAAAAUCAAACUUUUGCACCAAAUGGCACACACUUCAUUCAUAUUACCAGAUUUUAGUCUAACCAGCUACACACUGUUGGGCAUAAUGAAAAGCACUCUCAUCUUUAGUAUGCUUUGCCAUAAUAGUAAAAUAGUUUGAAUUGUAGAAAAUUCUUCAGAUUGUUCACGUGUAUUUGCAGAUACACACGCAUGCUGUUAAAACAUUUAUUUUUUUAUUUUUCACCAAACAAGUCAGUGCUACAUAUACCAGUACAGUAAAACGGCUCACGUUGGGCUGCACUCUCUGUCCAGCCUCUCACAUUGUCAGCCCAUGGUUGAUGACAUGAUCAACUAAGGUUGCUCUGAUUUCAUUUGAAAGUUGUUUUCUUCUUUGGCCAUGAAUUACUCUACCAGCUCUACCCCUACAUCUCACUCUUCCUCUUCCUCCCCCUCUCAUUCUCACCCUCCCUCUUCCUCUUCCUCUCUCUGCAACGUCUUCCAGUGUUGUUGUAAAAAAAAAAGGUGCUCACUUGUGGUCUUUUCAUAGUGCUCACUUCCUGAUUGAAGUGAUAACAAUUAACCAUUGAGGUGUUUGGUCAGGUGGCACAUAUAUUGGCCAAUUAGCUCACAUAGUUUCAUUUUGAAUGGCAGUGUUUUGAAAUGGCAAACAUGUGACUUUAUAUCAGAUUGUUGUGUCUUAUGCAGAGAACCGUGUUCAUUUAAAAAGUGCCAUUUUGAAUUGCAAAAUGUGUGUAAAGCAGAAAAUGUGUUUAGACUUUUGGAGACUUGAGAAGAGGUUUUGCUCUCUGUGUGUCAGUUUAAAUAAUUGUGAUAUGCAUGUCAUUUUAGUGUGUUA